GGUGUCUCCCGGCGCGAGGCCGGCGCUGUGCUCGCCUCGGAGAUCGCUUCUCUUCAGCUGGGCGCAGGAGGCGGCCCCGCGGCUGGCGGACGGCUGGCGGGGCGCGGAUCAGGUUGUGGGGCUUUCUCCCGGCCGCCUCCCACCUCGCCUGGGCUCGCGGCGUCUCCGGGGAAAGCCGCGGCCCCGAGGGCGGAUCCGAGGCGUGAAGGACACAAUGAAUGGUCAUAUUUCUAAUCAUCCCAGUAGUUUUGGAAUGUACCCAUCUCAGAUGAAUGGCUACGGGUCAUCACCCACCUUUUCCCAAAUGGACAGAGAACACGGUUCAAAAACAAGUGCAAAGGCCCUUUAUGAACAAAGGAAGAAUUAUGCACGGGACAGUGUCAGCAGUGUGUCAGAUAUAUCUCAAUACCGUGUUGAACACUUGACUACCUUUGUUCUGGAUCGGAAAGAUGCUAUGAUCACUGUGGAUGAUGGAAUAAGGAAGCUGAAAUUGCUUGAUGCUAAGGGCAAAGUAUGGACUCAAGAUAUGAUUCUUCAAGUAGAUGACAGAGCUGUGAGCCUGAUUGAUUUAGAAUCAAAGAAUGAACUGGAGAAUUUUCCUCUAAACACAAUCCAGCACUGCCAAGCUGUGAUGCACUCAUGCAGCUAUGAUUCAAUUCUUGCCCUGGUAUGCAAAGAGCCAACCCAGAACAAGCCAGAUCUUCAUCUCUUCCAAUGUGAUGAGGUUAAGGCAAACUUAAUUAGUGAAGAUAUUGAAAGUGCAAUCAGUGACAGUAAAGGAGGGAAACAGAAGAGGAGGCCUGAUGCCCUGAGGAUGAUUUCCAACGCAGACCCUGGUAUACCGCCUCCACCCCGAGCUCCUGCCCCUGCACCCCCUGGAACCGUGACCCAGGUGGAUGUUAGAAGUCGGGUGGCAGCCUGGUCUGCGUGGGCAGCCGACCAAGGGGACUUUGAGAAACCAAGGCAGUAUCAUGAGCAGGAAGAAACGCCUGAGAUGAUGGCAGCCCGAAUUGACAGAGAUGUGCAAAUCUUAAACCACAUUUUGGAUGACAUUGAAUUUUUUAUCACAAAACUCCAAAAAGCAGCUGAAGCAUUUUCUGAGCUUUCUAAAAGGAAGAAAAAUAAGAAAAGUAAAAGGAAAGGACCAGGAGAGGGCGUUUUAACGCUGCGGGCAAAACCUCCACCUCCUGAUGAAUUUCUUGACUGUUUCCAAAAAUUUAAACAUGGAUUUAACCUUCUGGCCAAAUUGAAGUCUCAUAUUCAGAAUCCCAGUGCUGCAGAUUUGGUUCACUUUUUGUUUACUCCAUUAAAUAUGGUGGUGCAGGCAACAGGAGGUCCUGAAUUAGCCAGUUCAGUACUUAGUCCCCUAUUGACUAAGGACACAAUUGAUUUCUUAAAUUAUACUGUCAAUGGUGAUGAACGGCAGCUGUGGAUGUCAUUGGGAGGAACUUGGAUGAAAGCCAGAGCAGAGUGGCCAAAGGAACAGUUUAUUCCACCAUAUGUUCCACGGUUCCGCAAUGGCUGGGAGCCCCCAAUGCUGAACUUUAUGGGAGCACCAAUGGAACAAGAUCUUUAUCAACUAGCAGAAUCUGUGGCAAAUGUAGCAGAACAUCAGCGCAAACAGGAAAUAAAAAGAUUAUCCACAGAGCAUUCCAGUGUAUCAGAGUAUCAUCCAGCCGAUGGCUAUGCAUUCAGUAGCAACACUUACACAAGAGGGUCCCAUCUGGACCAAGGGGAAGCUGCCGUUGCUUUUAAGCCAACUUCUAAUCGCCAUAUAGAUAGAAGUUAUGACCCACUCAAAACACAACCCAAGAAAUAUGCCAAAUCCAAGUAUGACUUUGUAGCAAGGAACAACAGUGAGCUCUCGGUUCUAAAGGAUGAUAUUUUAGAGAUACUUGAUGAUCGAAAGCAGUGGUGGAAAGUUCGAAAUGCAAGUGGAGACUCUGGAUUUGUGCCAAAUAAUAUUUUGGAUAUUGUGAGACCUCCAGAAUCUGGAUUGGGGCGUGCUGAUCCACCUUAUACUCAUACUAUACAGAAACAAAGGAUGGAGUAUGGCCCAAGACCAGCUGAUACUCCCACUGCUCCAUCACCUCCUCCAACACCAGCUCCUGUUCCUGUCCCCCUUCCACCUUCCACCCCAGCACCUGUUCCUGUGUCAAAGGUCCCAGCAAAUGUAACGCGUCAAAACAGCAGCUCCAGUGACAGUGGUGGCAGUAUCGUGCGAGAUAGCCAGAGACACAAACAACUUCCAGUGGACCGAAGGAAAUCUCAGAUGGAGGAAGUGCAGGAUGAACUCAUCCACAGACUGACCAUUGGUCGGAGUGCCGCUCAGAAGAAAUUCCAUGUGCCACGGCAGAAUGUGCCAGCUGUCAAUAUCACUUAUGACUCCACACCAGAAAAUGUGAAGACAUGGUUACAGUCAAAGGGAUUCAACCCUGUGACUGUCAAUAGUCUUGGAGUAUUAAAUGGUGCACAGCUUUUCUCCCUCAGUAAGGAUGAACUGAGAUCAGUCUGCCCUGAAGGGGCAAGAGUCUUCAGCCAAAUCACUGUACAAAAAGCUGCAUUAGAGGAUAGCAGUGGCAGCUCUGAGUUACAAGAAAUUAUGAGAAGACGACAGGAAAAAAUCAGUGCUGCUGCUAGUGAUUCGGGAGUGGAAUCUUUUGAUGAAGGAAGCAGUCACUAAUCUGUUUGUUUGUUUUUAAACUCCAUUGUUUUUGGCAUUAUUUCAAUAUGCUUUGUUUUAGGAAGCCUUGAAGGGAAUGUCAGAUUCAUUUUUCUUGGUGUAAUUUAUCACCAUAAAAAAACCCAUGCAAACCUGAGUGAGCACAGGAUUUGCUUCUAGGCCCAUUAUUUUUAUUAAAACUGAAAAAAAUUUAAACUGAAUUUUUUAACCUUGGAAAAUAUUUUUCCUACUUUACAAAGGUAAGAUUUUCUUUAAUAGAGUAAUUAUUUUAUCCCCAUUCCAGUGUAUAAGCAGGAAUUGUUUAGAUAGUGGUGGAUUUAUUCACUGCAACAAAGCAACAAUAUUGUCCAUGAUUUAAAAUCUAAGCAGUUUUGAUUUUGUCUGUGAAUAUGGUGUCUGCCAUUCAGGGCGUAGCUCACUGUAGGCUAGCCUCUGCUUACUUAGGUCUCUUCUCUGACAUACUCAGUGGAAGAAUAUUUAGAUUUAUUUAAAGUUCUUAAUGCCAACAGUUUAAAAAAAUUAAAACAUUUGAAUGAACUGUAAAGGACAGCCAUACCUUGGACAUGCAAAUAUAAAUCUAUGGAGCAUUCUCAAGACAGUUCGUCAUGGCUCUGUUGAUUGCAAUUCCUUGUAUAGCUUGUAUUUUGAUUUAGUUUAUAUUCUGCUUAUUAUAUAUACUGUGUUCUUAUAUAUGAGAAAGCACAAGUGGGAAAGAGGUCAUGUCUGCUCAAAAUCUAGCAAAGGAAGUAGUCUGCAUUGAUGUGCAAUUACAGUAUUUUGCUUAAUGAAAGCCUCAGUUCUGAAUAUUGAUAUUAGUAGUUAAAAGAAAAUGGGACCAUUUUAUGUGUUUAUCUGUGUCAAGUCUUUCUGGUAAUAAGAAGCGCUUAAUUUACACAUAUUUUAAUCCUGUGAAAGAUUCCACAUAGAGAAAAGAAAGAUACCUAACCUUCAACAAAUGUUAUUUUUGGGAACACAAGUUUUGUCAUUAAAUGUUAUUUCACAUAUAUAAAACAGAUGUUAUGUAAGGAUGUUGAAUAUUUUAACAUAAAUCAUUUAGAGAAAUUAUCUAGAAAUUAAUUUUCAUAGUGCCUUUUUCACAUGAGUCAGCUGGAAAGUCUGCAAUAAACAGUAUUUGCUGUCUGUUAAU